GUGCUUGAAUCUGUGGUGGUUGUUAGAGUCCCUUUAGUGGUUGUUAUCAAACGCUUAUCUAAAAUAAAUAAAUAUUUCAUUUCACUUUAUUCCUCACCUCUAUGCUUCUCUGAAGUCACUAGUCAGUGCAGUGCAACUUGUUUGAACCGUUGAACGAGUGUUUGAUUGGACAAAUUAUAUGUCAUCCCUUAAUCUUGGUGACUUCUUCUUUUACUUAGUGUCUUAGGUAAUCGCCAACUAUUUUAUUUUAUUAUUUCUGUUCUCUCAAUCAUUAGCAGGAUAGUGUACCAGCUUUUCCCUACCAGUCUGCUGUAAGGCAAUUAUAACGGUUCCAAGCAUGACUGAAUCAUCCUUAUCCAAUUUGGGAGCAACUUCAGUCACCACUACCCUUAAGACAAUGGAUGUUACCGUCAAACUUGAGACGAAUAUUCCGCCUUAUAUUUCUAAAAUUGCCUAUGAGAACAAUCCUGAUGAUGGACCCUCAGAGAAUGGUCAACAAGUUGAGGAAGAUAAUUACUCAGAUGGCAAAGCUAUUAAACAAAUCCAUAUUCUGGAAGAAGAUGAUAACCGUGAGUCUGAAUUUUCAUUCAGUGAUGACCAAUUUACCCUAUAUAUCGGCAGUGAAGAGCAGGUAGAAGCUGUGAUAUGUUCAGGCAGUGACUAUGUCUGCUCCAAUUGCGGUGAGGUUUUCAGUAAAAAAGUGGAAUUAUUUCAUCACAAAAGAGCAAUGCACAAUCUUGACAAGUUUCAUCGGUGUCCAGUUUGCAUGCGGUCCUUCACUCAGAGAAGCAACAUGAAAGCUCACUUGCGUGUUCACACUGGUGAAAAGCCGUUCAAAUGUGAAUACUGUGGUAGAUGCUUUGCUCAAAAGUCCAAUCUCAUCAAUCACACUCCAAUUCACACCAAAGAAAAACCGUAUAAAUGUCAGUUAUGUGAAAAACACUUCAUUCAGAAAUCCAACUUGAAGAGUCAUGUGUUGACUCAUACAGGUGAAAAACCAUUCAAAUGUGAUUUAUGUGACAAAUGUUUCAUUCAAAAAUCGAAUUUAGUUUGUCAUUACAGAAUACACACACAAGAGAAACCUCAUAAAUGUGAAGUGUGUCUUCGGUUUUUCUCACAAAAAUCUAAUUUAUCAAAUCAUAUGAAACAACAUGGAAUAAUUGAGACUCCCUUGAAAAUAGAAACUAAUUGUAUGUGAUAGAGUAGUUUAAAAACAUUUUAUCUUCAACAUCUGCAUUUUCUUUGUUUGUUAGGAAAUUAAAACCAAAGAAUAUGUUAAAUACCUCUUAUUAUGUAACUAACUUAUAUGAAAAUACAGUAGUUCUGUCCACACUGUAA